GUCACAAACCAGGGCCCUUGACAUCGGCUAGUCUAUUAAAAUUCUCAUCGACACCAGCACUCACCAGCCACUCGGAUAUUCUCACGUCUCCUCGAAUCUACUCCUCUCUCUCUCCACCUCCACCUUUUUCUCUUUAUUCCCCGGUAUCCGAUAUUUACCACCAGUGCCACCGAACCACCUGCGUCUCCCACUUUGUAGGCAUGUGCCGACGUUCACCCGUACAUUCUCGAUGCUCGCAGACUCAGUCGCUGAGAUAGCACGACGAUCCAUCAUGUCGUCAAUCUCGCCACCGGGUCCUUAUGCCUCCUCACAGGGCCAGGAUACCAGCAACGCCUACAAAUAUGAAGACCCGACAGCAUACCAACUACAAUCCGCCUUCCCCAAUCAAUUCGAGGUUGCUCUGCCAGUCCCGCGCCCAGAUGCUGAGCAAGUAGGGCAAGGGCAAGAAUUGCAAAGAUCUGGAACAAAAUCCUCCGAGCCCAAAGUCCGCUUGAGAAAGGCAUGCGAUAGUUGUAGUGUGCGAAAAGUCAAGUGCGACGAGUCUGGCCCUCCAUGCAAAUCAUGCGCUGCCCUCGACAUCCCUUGCACCUUCGACCGCCCCAGUCGUCGUCGCGGACCUCCCAACCGGCAUGCAGAAGCCAUCAAGAGACAAAAACUUGAAGGAGGAGGCUAUGAAGGUUCCCGAGGCUCCCCAACACACGAUGCCGCCUACAGUCUGGCAGCGCUCUCUGCGCCAGCACCUCUUUCGGCCGAGUCCAUAUGCGACCUGCCCACCUUGCAGACUCUCUUGGAUGACUAUUUCAUAUACAUUCACCCGUUGAUUCCCCUACCGCAUGAACCGACAUUUCGCAGAUCCUUCGAGGCUAGAGAAGACCGGACCAAUCACACAUUCCUGGCUCUCAUCGCAGCCAUGGUUGAGUGUUUGGUGGCUUCAUUUCCACGCCGACCACGACAGCUCUUCUCAACGGAGGCCGCGAGGUCACAGUUCCCCAAUGCUGGGUCUUUGAUCGACAGAUGCCAUCAAGUCUUUAUCGAGGCCCGCGGUAUCGGCUAUAUUGACCGGCCAUUGGGUCUUUACGAUGCGAUUGCAAGCUAUUUGACCGGCCUUGCUGCUGGCUACAUCCUCGAUCUACCACGCUUGCGCCUGUAUCUGGGCGAAUGCACACUCAUUACACGAGAACUGGGUUUCCAUCGGCCCGAGAUCUACCGGCCAGGAUCAGCGGCGGAUGGGGGGUCGUAUUCAUCGGCUGAUGUGCAGCGGCCCCAAAUUACCGACCAUGUCUAUCAGGAGUCAGGUCGUCGGCUGUUCUGGUUGCUGUUCGUAGGUGCCAUGUCGGCUCGCCAGCUGGAUGAAGCCGAUGGUGACCUACUGAUCCCACCAGUUUCACAUGCUGAAAUGCUCCCUCCGCUUCCUGUGGAAGUCGACGACGAAUACAUCACCGAGAGUCAGAUUUUCCCACAGCCGCGAGGAGUUGUGUCAGAGAUGGUGGGAUUUAACCUGAAUGUUAAGGUCUUCAGAGCUUUUCACUUCCUGGCCGCCCUGGAGAUGGCCUUUGGUGCUAAUACUGUCUACGACUGGGACCGCCAACGUCAAAUCAUCCGCCGUGCCCUACAAACGGUCAAGGAUGCAACACGGGACGCCCCGAAAGAGCUGCAACUGAAUCCAUCAAAUGGGUUCGGAGAGUGGCCGCCUACCCAAUCCGAUAUCUCUGCAUACUCACAGCUUUUCAACGACCGCGAAGGUGUCGAGGCCGAUCCUGGUCUCGAUUCUGCAAGUACUCGAGGGUCUUUCUCGGUCCCUCAAACCCACUCGAAACGAACCAUUCAAUUUGAGAUCCAGAAGGCUAACAUAUACGCCACGCAACUGUCAUCCAGGUCUUACCUGGUAGAGCGAUUCUGGAAUCUGUACGAAAUCGUGGAGCGAGACAAGCUGGCUUUCCCUUCCGACAAGUCAAUGGCCAGCGCUUCCCCGACGGCAGGGAUUGUGACGACUGGCAUGGAACACGGCUACAGACAGGCUGCUGGUCGAACACCCAGCGAUAGUCUGAUGGAUGCUGGAGAACAGAUGAUGGCCGUUGAACGUGAAGAUAUCGUCCGUGACAUGGCUCUGCUCCUCAAGAGCAUCAAUCAGGUUAACAUGGAACCGAAUGGUAUGAGCUUUUGCAACAAGAUUCGAACAGUCGCUUCUACUUUACUCGAGACAAAGCGGGCUCGCAUGAGCGUAAUGCCGACGUUAGAUUCCGAGAGUGUCAACAGUUACCUUCGCGACUUCCUUGACAUUCUCUCAAAGCUUGAGCGAUUAGGUCCUGGACGGUAUAGAGGUGUCGCCGACGGCAAUACCGGGAGUUUGUUGAGGACACCCGAGGAAAUUGAAGAGGAAGAACUAGUGUACUGGGCAAGUCUGAAACAGCAUCAAGAGAGGUUUGUUCGGACCAACGGGUUUUGGUAGCGGGAAAAGUCGUGCUUUUAGAGGUCAUCACUACUAAGGACGGCGGUAUGGAUGAAGGAGUCCAGGGUUCAUGAUGUGUGACGGACAGGCUAUGCCUACUGGAUGAACAGGUGCUGACUUCGACACGAGUGCUUGGGCUGCGUGCUGCAAAGUUAUUCAGCAUUCUUGUAUGGACAUUUCACCACCACGAGACUGCCUACAAGUAGGUACCUGGUAUAUUCCAGGUUGUUGAACGUGCUUGACCCUUCCAAGCUGCCAAGAACAGCCUCGAAGCUUGAUUCCACGGUCCUUCUGUCGAACCUGAGGACUGACAAUCAUCAGCAGCAAAACGUCGAAAACUUCUCUGUUGAAAAGAGCUCUAUUGAUCCUUACAGACCGACAAAGAUGGUCGAUGAGUAUUAUUUCUUGAUCGACCUCCCUUUAACAAAGACU